CACAUAUUUGAUGCCAGCAUGGUCUUGUUCAACAAGUCUGCCAAUCACCAAAUAAGAGGUUUCGCCUUGGCCACCAUCGCAUGGAUACUGUGCAGUACAUCUAUGGGCCUUCCAGAAUGUCGAAUUUGGUAUUUGGAGGAACCCAUGGUUUCCUCCCCAAGCACAGCUUUUAUAGGUAUGUGGAGGGCCUGUAUCUGCCACCACGUUGACAACUCCAGCCAUCAGAGAGUUUGUCAUCACUAUACCUACCAUGAUGCCCUUGUUCCUUUGGAUAUUCGAUUAGCUCAACAUCUGCUCCUGGUUGCAAAUAUUAUUGGUCUGGUUGGGACAGUUUGCGCUGUCUUUGCUCUACAACAGUUAUACACAGAGAAGCUGCAGAAGAAUCACGACUGCAAUCCAUUUCUUCUUUCAGCUGUCCUCAAUGCAGUUGCUAGCACCUUUAUUUUUCUUGCUGUUAUGUGUAAUUACUCCUCUGUGCCUAGAAAGGAGGGAGUAGGUUUCCUGCCUGCUUUACAGAUGCCUCUUUUUCCAUAUGCUCAAAGAGCUGGAAGUGCCAUGGGAGUGGCAAGUGUGUCUGCCAUAUUGUUUUUAUUAAGUGCUAUAAUUUUUAUUUCUUACUCUCCAUCAAUGGAAAAAGAAAAGCUUCCCCUUGUUUGA